UCUCACUGAUGGUAUGUCCAAAGGAAUAUACAACGGCAAGAAAUACCAUGUGGCAGAUAUUGUUGCAGUACUCAGCAGGGCUUGGAGCGCCGGUGUUGAUCGAAUUAUUGUUACUGGUGGAUUUCUAGAGGAAUCAAAAGAAGCUCUUGCUAUUGCUGAAACUGAUGCAAGACUUUUUUGCAUGGUUGAUGUGCACCCAACAAGAUGCAAAGUGACUGUUGAUACUCUUCUGAAUGCCAUCCUUAAGUUAUUGAAUGUGUGAGAAUAAGGAUGAAUG